GGCCAGGCUCAGUGGCUCAGCCUGUAAUCCCAGCACUUUGGGAGGCCAAGGCAAGUGGAUUGCCUGAACCUGUUGUGACCUUUCAUUCCCCAGCAAUAAACUGGUCUCUGGAGAUCAUUGUAAAAUUGUAGUGGAUGAAAAAUCAGGUCAGGUGAUGCUGGAAGAUACCAGCACCAAUGGAACAGUGAUUAACAAACUGAAGAUUGUUAAGAAGCAGACUUGCCCUUUACAGACUGGGGACGUCAUCUACUUGGUGUACAGGAAGAAUGAGCCGGAACACAAUGUGGCAUACCUCUAUGAAUCUUUAAACGAAAAACAAGGCAUAACACAGGAAUCUUUUGGGUCUGGGAGUGCAGGCAUAUCGCCAACAGGAUGCAGUCCAUUCGUGGCAAGUGAUAAAAUCUUCAGCUUUGCAUCAGAUGUCACAGACAGAAAGGGAGCAUCUUUUCCUUUGUUGGAACCCCAGGAUCAGGAGGAUUUGGAGCCCAUUACAAAGAAAAUGAAAGGAGAUGAGGAACUUGACCUGAACCUACAGCUGUUAGUCUCAGAAAAGUGUAGAAGCACCCAGACUGUCCGGGAGGAUGUCAGAGCUGCAGCCAUGAAACCAGACAAGAUGGAGGAGACACUCACCUGCAUCAUCUGCCAGGACCUGCUGCAUGACUGUGUGAGCUUGCAGCCCUGCAUGCAUACAUUCUGCGCAGCUUGCUACUCUGGCUGGAUGGAGCGCUCGUCCCUGUGCCCUACCUGCCGCUGUCCAGUGGAGCGGAUCUGUAAAAACCACAUCCUCAAUAACCUCGUGGAGGCGUACCUUAUCCAGCACCCAGACAAGAGUCGCAGUAAAGAAGAUGUGCAAAGUAUGGAUGCCAGGAAUAAAAUUACUCAAGACAUGCUGCAGCCCAAAGUCAGGAGGUCUUUUUCUGAUGAAGAAGGGAGUUCAGAGGACCUGCUGGAACUGUCAGACGUGGACAGCGAGUCCUCGGACAUCAGCCAGCCGUACAUCGUGUGUCGCCAGUGUCCUGAGUACAGGAGGCAGGUGGCGCAGCCCCUUCCCUGCCCAGCACCAGAUGGUGAGUCAGGGGCCUCACAGGGCAUUGGUGAUGCACCCUCGACAUCUGCUAGCCUCACGACAGCCAUCCAGAAUUAUGUGUGCCCUCUGCAAGGAAGCCACGCAACAUGCUCCUGCUGCUUCCAGCCCAUGCCUGACCGGAGAGCAGACCGUGAGCGGGACCCACGCAUUGCCCCUCAACAGUGUGCGGUUUGCCUGCAGCCCUUCUGCCACCUGUACUGGGGCUGCACCCGGACUGGCUGCUUUGGCUGCCUGGCCCCAUUCUGUGAACUCAACCUGGGUGACAAAUGUCUAGAUGGAGUGCUGAAUAACAACAACUAUGAGUCGGACAUCCUGAAGAAUUACCUGGCAACCAGGGGUUUGACGUGGAAAAACAUGUUGACAGAGAGUCUCGUGGCUCUUCAGCGGGGAGUGUUUUUGCUGUCUGAUUACAGAGUCACUGGAAACACAGUACUGUGUUACUGCUGUGGACUACGCAGCUUCCGAGAGCUGACCUAUCAGUAUCGGCAGAACAUCCCUGCUUCUGAGUUGCCAGUGGCUGUAACAACCCGUCCUGAUUGCUAUUGGGGCCGAAACUGCCGCACUCAGGUGAAGGCUCACCACGCGAUGAAAUUCAAUCAUAUCUGUGAACAGACGAGGUUCAAGAACUAAGCUCCAGAAGGCCCCAGCAGCUGUAAGCCGUGGAGGCGACAAGAGUGUGUUUAGAGAAUACUGAAGCCACACACAUUAGGGCAUUUUCACAGCCUCCAUGGGAUGCAGAGCUCUGGGCAGGGACUCCGGUGGGCCUCUUCUGUGGCGUUUCACCUUCCUAGUGAGACUCUACCAAGAGGCCUGGGGACCCUUGGGGGUGCACAGCCCACCCUCCUGGUGAGCACUGGUUGGGGCUCACAGUAGCCGGAGGACAGACAGCUGCCCCAGAAAGGCAGUGCAGGUUUGCUCUUUUGUACCUUUUCCAUAGCUACAGUGAGAGCAGAAAUCUCUUCAGGAAAAGUUUCAUGAGAGAAAGGGGAAAGUUUAUCACAUUCUGUUUCAGGAGAAGGGAGCAUACGUUUACAGCCUACAGGAUGUACAGAAUAUUCUGCUGUCGGGAAAGCCACAGCAUUUUAUAUAUUUUUUAUUUUAAUAGGUUUGGUGCUUCUAAUAAGAUUUAAAUAUCACAGAUUGUAGCACAAAUAAUAUAAUUUAUAAUUUACAAAUUGACUAAAAUUGGGUAUAGUAUGGUAUUUGAAAGAAUAAGCAUAUGUUUCUGUUUAUUAAAAAAAUCUUCAAGUGUCCAAAACUGCUAACCUUAGACAUGGAUGUCAAGUGAGCGGCUUUGGCUACUGGGUGUGAGUGACCGCCAUCCCUAGUGCAGGGUUGGGCACAGGCAGGGUUGGACACCCUGCUCCCUUGUGCUGCUCCAGCCCUCCCCACUGAGACCCCACAAAGCUCAAGGGGAGCACAUGGGCCUUUGCUUCCCGACAUUUGGUUUGCCAUGUCAUCUGGAAUAAUACUUGAAAUUUUGGUUUUUGUAAAAAAAAAAAAAAAAAUUUUUAAUCUUCUGUUUAAAUCACCUGUUAUGUUUGUUUGCAAAUUGGUAACUUUUUGCUUCUUCUCAGGAAUACAAUUUUCAACUGUCUUGCUCUUGAUAUAGACUGAGAAGCAGCACUCUGUAUUUGUGGAAAAUUCUUCUCUUUUGCAUUCUAAUAAACAAGCCUCGUUUGUUUC